GCGCUGCUCAGUGUUUUGACAGUGUUAAUGUAACAUGUCGUCUUCAGCCUGGUCAAAAUCGUUAUUUUAGUUGAAUGUCAAUUAAUGGUUGCUUAUAUAUAAGUUUAAAGCCAUAUUUAUUUAUUGGACUUAAAUACUUAGUCAAGAACAAACAUUUUGCAUGAAUAUCUGGAACGCAGAAUGUUUCUUCAGUUGACAUGGAUGUGCAAAGACAGUGGUGUUGUAUAGUGUAAAAUACUCGCGCUGCGUAAAAACAUUUGAGAACUAGUUUAGUGAAAGUGUAAUCGAAUCACACUGAAUGACCUCAACGACUCUGCGGCAAAUCAAAACUGAGAGGGAGUGAAGUGUAUUUUACCGCCGCGUGUGUAAUCUGAUGUCUUCCACGCAGCGCUUCGUCAUCCGGCGCCAGUCUGCCGCUGCAGCGCGCGUGUUUCUCCGUCGCUCCGCCGCUGUCAUGUCCGACUGCUGUGUGCGCAGAGCUGUGUAAAUGAAACGACGGUGGGACAACAUGACUAUCCCGAAAGAAAUCCCAGAGAAGUGGUUUCCAAUCAUCCUCCCUCUAAAAAGGAAGAAAGAGGGAUUAAGCAACGCAACAAAAAUAAGAAAAGGAGCAGAGGAGGAAAGGAGAGUUCGAGCCAACGAUAGAGAGUACAAUGAGAAGUUCCAGUAUGCUAGCAACUGCAUCAUGACCUCAAAGUACAACAUCAUUACCUUUCUUGCAGUCAACCUGUUUGAGCAGUUCCAGGAAGUUGCCAAUACCUACUUCCUGUUUCUACUCAUACUGCAGUUGAUUCCACAGAUUUCCUCAUUAUCCUGGUUCACCACCAUUGUGCCUUUAGUGCUGGUGCUGAGCAUCACUGCAGUCAAAGAUGCCACCGAUGACUAUUUUCGUCACAAGAGCGACAACCAGGUGAAUAACCGUCAGUCUCAGGUCCUCAUCGGUGGCAUUCUUCAGAAGGAGAAAUGGAUGAAUGUCAGAGUGGGUGACAUCAUCAAACUGGAGAACAAUCAGUUUGUGGCAGCUGACCUGCUCCUGUUGUCCAGCAGUGAACCACACAGCCUCUGCUACAUUGAAACUGCAGAACUGGAUGGCGAGACGAACAUGAAGGUGCGUCAGUCUCUGUCUGUUACCUCAGAGCUGGGAGAUCCUAAUAACCUGGCCCAGUUUGAUGGAGAAGUGUUGUGUGAGCCUCCCAACAACAAGCUUGACCGUUUCGGCGGGACUCUGUAUUGGAAAGACUGCAAAUACCCCCUCAGCAACCAGAACAUGCUACUUCGCGGCUGCGUACUGCGCAACACAGAGAGCUGCUAUGGCCUUGUUAUUUUCGCAGGUCCUGACACCAAACUGAUGCAGAACAGCGGCCGGACUAAGUUCAAGCGCACCAGUAUAGACAGACUGAUGAAUACACUGGUGCUGUGGAUUUUUGGGUUCCUGGUGUGUAUGGGAGUGAUCUUGGCCAUAGGAAAUGCAGUUUGGGAAAAAGAAGUGGGUGCUUUGUUUCAGAGCUUUCUUCCUUGGGACCAUCCAGUAGACAACUUCCUGUUUUCUGCCUUCCUGUCUUUCUGGUCCUAUGUCAUCAUCCUCAACACAGUCGUGCCCAUCUCCCUCUAUGUCAGUGUGGAGGUGAUUCGUCUGGGUCACAGUUAUUUCAUUAAUUGGGACCGGCGGAUGUUCUGCAGCCGUAGUAACACAGCAGCAGAGACCCGGACCACCACACUCAAUGAAGAGCUGGGACAGGUGGAGUACAUCUUCAGUGACAAGACAGGAACCCUCACCCAGAACAUCAUGACCUUCAACAAGUGCUCCAUCAACGGUCACACAUAUGGUGAGGUGAUGAACAUUCUGGAAGCUCAGCAGAAGAGGGUCCAGCCCCUGGACUUCAGUGCGUGGAACGCCUUAGCAGACCGGGACUUCUGUUUCUACGACCAGUCUCUGUUAGAGGCGGUGAUGGUGGGAGAACCAGCAGUGCAUGAAUUCUUCCGGGUCUUAUCUCUCUGCCACACGGUCAUGAGCGAUGAGAAGAGCGAGGGAGAGCUGCUGUAUAAGGCUCAGUCUCCAGAUGAGGGGGCGUUAGUAACAGCUGCACGCAACUUUGGCUUUGUGUUUCGCUCUCGCACACCUGGCACAGUCACCACACAAGAGCUCGGCAAAGCCGUCACAUACACGCUCCUCGCCAUCCUGGACUUCAAUAACAUCCGCAAAAGAAUGUCUGUCAUAGUGAGGAAUCCAGAGGGCCGUAUUCGUCUGUACUGUAAGGGCGCAGACACUGUCCUUUUCGAGAGGCUUCACUCUUGCAACCAAGAACUAAUGAAUAUCACUUCAGACCAUCUCAACGAGUAUGCAGGUGAUGGCUUACGGACGCUCGCAGUGGCCUAUCGGGAUCUGUCCGAGGAGCAGUGGGAGGAGUGGUCGGAUCGUUUCCGUGGCGCUGAUAAAGCCACAGACUGCAGAGACGACCGACUGGCUGCAGCCUAUGAGGAGAUCGAACAGGACAUGAAGUUGUUGGGGGCCACGGCUAUAGAAGAUAAACUGCAAGAGGGGGUUCCUGAGACUAUUGCUAUUCUCUCACUAGCUAACAUCAAGAUCUGGGUGCUCACUGGAGACAAACAGGAGACUGCGGUGAAUAUUGGUUAUUCGUGUAAAAUGCUGACAGAUGACAUGACGGAGAUCUUCUUUGUUAACGGACACACUGUCCAAAGCGUACGUGAAGAACUGAGGAAAGCAAGAGAGCGAAUGCUGGAGUCCACGCGCACCAGAGAUGGAGGGAAGGAAGCUGAAGCUCAGGGAUGGGCUGGUGCUUGUGCCUUUGGAAACGGAUGUGGAGGUGGCGGAGCUGCUAACUGGAUGCCUGAUGAGAGGAAAUGUCCCCCUUCCCAGGCUCCGCGCCCCUCUUUAUUGGAGUCGAUCAGCGGAGAGUUCGCCCUCAUCAUCAGCGGACACAGCUUGGCUCAUGCUUUGGAAGCGGAUAUGGAGCGUGAGUUUUUGGAGACGGCGUGUGCUUGUCGAGCAGUGAUCUGCUGCAGAGUGACUCCUCUUCAGAAAGCUCUGGUGGUGGAGCUGGUUAAACGGCAUAAGAAAGCUGUCACACUCGCAAUCGGAGAUGGAGCCAAUGACGUCAGCAUGAUAAAGACGGCUCACAUUGGCGUAGGCAUCAGCGGUCAGGAGGGGAUCCAGGCUGUGCUGGCAUCAGAUUACUCUUUUUCCCAGUUUCGCUUCCUGCAGCGUCUUUUGCUGGUGCACGGACGCUGGUCCUAUCUGCGCAUGUGCCGUUUUCUCUGUUACUUCUUCUACAAAAACUUUGCCUUCACUAUGGUGCACUUCUGGUUCGGGUUCUUCUGUGGAUUCUCAGCGCAGACUGUCUAUGACCAGUACUUCAUCACCCUUUACAAUAUCGUAUACACAUCCCUGCCUGUGUUGGCCAUGGGCAUCUUCGAUCAGGAUGUUCCUGAACAGAGGAGUCUGGAGUAUCCGAAGCUGUAUGAGCCGGGUCAGCUAAACUUGCUGUUUAACAAGCGAGAGUUCUUCAUCUGCAUCGCACAGGGAAUCUACACGUCUGUGGUUCUCUUCUUCAUUCCCUACGGCGUUCUCUCUCACGCCACGCAGAGCAACGGAGUCCCGCUGGCAGACUAUCAAACCUUUGCAGUAACAACAGCAACGGCCCUUGUCAUCGUUGUCAGCGUCCAAAUUGCUCUGGACACGGGUUAUUGGACGGCUAUAAAUCACUUCUUUAUAUGGGGCUCUUUGGGUACCUACUUCACUAUCCUCUUCACUAUGCACUCCAGCAUUCUGUUCAAUAUCUUCCCCAAGCAGUUCCAUUUCCUUGGAAGUGCUCAUAACACACUCGGGCAGCCAGUGGUGUGGUUAACUAUUGCUCUGGCUACCGUCAUCUGCAUUGCUCCAGUCCUUGCUUUCCGCUUUCUCAAAUUGGACCUUAAACCUCAGCUCUCAGACACUGUGCGCUACACUCAACUUGUGCUGCAGAAAAAGCGGAAGCCUGGUGGGCGUGCUGGGCGUGGAGUGGGCGGUGCUGGUGUAGCCAGUGGCAGUGCUCUUGGCCGCUUGGGACGAGGUGGAUCUCGGCGCUCUGGUUAUGCAUUUGCCCAUCAGGAGGGCUUUGGCGAGCUGAUCACAUCGGGAAAAAAUAUGCGCCUGAGCUCGCUUGGUCUCGCCUCAUUCGCUUCUCGCCACAGCAGCAGUUGGAUCGAUACCCUUCGCAGGAAAAAACACGCAAACAGCACUGGUGCGCAAAACACCCCGCCCAAUGGAGAAGACAGCGCCACCUCUUCUCAAGCUCCACCCCUUUCCACAUCUUCCUUAGCAGCAGGCGAGGCAGAGCAAAAGAGUAAUGAAGCCAUCCUCGCUCACAGCCCUGAUGAUAUCGCUCUCAGUGUUAUUAGGUGUCCAGAAAGAGAGGUUGGAGAAUGUAGUACAGCGACUGUGCAGGAAGCACCGUUUGUGUGGAAGGGAACCGGAGCUCGUAUCAGUGGUGCCAACAGUCCUGGUCCACCUCCCAUUGCAGAAGAAACUUCCAGUGGCGAGUGAUGAAUAGAUGGGCCAACUGGAAUCCUUCAUGUGAACACUCACACCUUCUGACAUGUGCUCAUGUUUCUGUCUGAGGACAUGGGCAGUGAUAACAGCGCCCCAGACAGUUUGGGAGUAAAGACAUGCUUGAAUUAAAACACAUGGAAAUGGAUGCAGAUUCAACCUGUGCAUACAAACAGCAAAAUACCGUACAUUUCCUGUCUUGUGCUCAUUUCUCAGAUUUCCUGUCAGCGAGAAGGACAAAUCUGCUGUUAUUUGAGCUGCUUAUGACUGUGUUUUCCAUUCUAGCUAAGUUAUCAGACAACAGACCACUAAAAAACAUUGCCAAGGCUGAUAUUACUACACACCUGACUAUCCAAAUAGCUGAUGUUAAUUGUUCUCAUAUGCUAAAUUACAUUUUAUGUUAAAUUAGAUUCAUUCAUUUUUAAUCUGGAGACAAAAAAAAUCCAAAAUGUAUACAUUAAAGCAUUUCUCAUCUCUCAUAUUUAACUAGAAAUAUGUCAGUGGAUAACAUGACAAAUUAAUACCUUGCACAUGUAACAGUUCUACAGGUAUUACCAAUAACUAAAUGACCUGAAGUAUCAGCCUCAGCUAUAUCAGGUUUUAUGUUUUUCUAUUCAAAUUGGGUAGUUCUGAAUCUUUUCUUGUUCAUUUGAAAUCUCAGUCAGAUCAAGGAUUGUCUCUAUCUCUAUAUAUUAAGAGCAGCUUAUCUUUUCUUCUGUUUCUUCUGACUUUCUUGUGGUCUCAUACUGUUUUGACCAUUUUGUCAGCAUAUUGUUUUGCUGACUCAAUUACUUCAGCUUUUUUGUCCGUUUGUUGCUCCGAGGUUAAUAAUGCUACUUGGGUUCAAGCAAGUAUACUUAUGUACUUUUAGAAAAGGCUAGAGAUUUUCUGUUUUUCCCCACUGCUGAAAAUAGCACUAAGAUGUAUGUGGUUCUGUGAUAAAACACUAGUUCUCAGCGAGAACGUGACCCUGCUGGAUGAACCCGUUGUUCCUCAUCCAUUUCUUUGCACCAUAUUGGUGCUCUAACCCUGACUGCUUGGACAUGAAAUGGACAUUAAGUCCAAUUCGGCCUCAAACUCUUGUGGGUUUAGGUAUUUGCAUUAAUCCAGUGAACUGUAAUAAAUGUGUUGGACUUUUUUUAUUUAUUUUUUAAGUUGGAUUAAAAUAAUUAACAUCAGAGUUACCAAAUGGAUUCCACCUUGACCAUCAUGGUCUAAAUGUGGCCUUCACCAGUGUUUUAGGUAAAAGGUGGAACCGUAAACACGGUGAUCUGUUUGUUGUUGUAAAUGGGGGAGACAGACCAAGAAAGUUGAUAAAGAUGUGUGAGAAGUUCCUGCGCACCAUACUUUUCCUGUUUCCUGUGUAAGUAAGGCCAAGCUCUCAUAAUGUUAAAUAGGUAACAGUUAUAUGCCUUAAAAGCUAACUUUGUGAAUGUUAUUUUUUUUUAAUGUGCAUCUCUUUCCAUCCACACAUAAAAGUAUUUACAUAUAUUGCAGUAAGAGGAUAAAGGUCAUUUUAUGGAUAGUAUGUUUCAGUGUCUGUUAGCCAAAUCUACAUGAUCUGUGAAGUAAACAUUGUGACCCUACUGUUGUGAAUGGGCCUGGUGAAAAUUAAAAAAAUAUAUAUGAUUAAAUGAUUUUAAUUAAGCUAAAAAAAAAA